AUGUCCUUGCGUCCAGACGACAAAGCCGGGCGGUCGCGGUCCAAAUCGCCUGGACGCGGUCGCGAGCGCGCCCGCUCACGCAGCCAUGUUGUGCCAGAGCCUCAGCAGCCAUACGGUGCGGCUGAUGGCAGGGCUGCAGCCCCGCAGUACGAAUUCAGGCAGCCGGGUCAGCUAUAUGCGACACCAGCGAGCGAGCCCAUCACCAUGGGCAACUACAGCGACCUCCCGCCAGAGCAACGACCAGGGUACCAACCACAAGCCCCAGGGCCCACCUACGCGCAGACGGGAAACGUCCAGUAUGCGCCGACCGCGCAGCAGUUUGCCUACACAGCAGCGCCAGCCUCGCAUGCCGCGCCAACUAGGACUCCAUCCACAAGGACGCCGGCCACCACGGGGAACUUUCAGUAUGCGAAUCCGCCCUCGAAUAUCACUUUCUCCGCGAAGCCCAUCGUCGGCACCGCCCAGCCGCCCGCCGUGAGACGCUCCGCCCAGCCAACGAGCCCAUCAUACCCACCGCCAGUGCAGCCUCAGUAUACAGCUAUGCCACAGGCUCCCCCGCCGCCUCCUGCUGCCCAGCCCGCCUAUCCGCCGCCGCCAAUGGGUUUCCAUUCCCCCGGUCCAGAACACGACCGCACCCCCUCGCAGUCCGGCACAACGCAGACGCGCGACAACCGAAGGGUGGUGGAGAUGGUGCCGGGCGGAGGAGCCAGGUUCAAUGCGCCGCCAUCGCCUGGCUUGCGUCCCCAAGGUCUCUCUGCUGGUGGAAGCAGACAUGAGGGCCUGCGCAUGGAUAGACUGUCUGUAAGCGAGAACAGGCCAGAUCUCCAAAACAUUGUGCCAGGAGCCUUCCCCGGGGGCGGGCUUCCACCACCAAGUCCCCUGCUAGAAGCUUACCAUGGCACCUAUCAGUCAAUCAGUCCCAUGCCCCAGGCUAUGAUGCUAGACGACGACCUCGACCAUCUGCCACCCCUUGAUAGCCUCUCCCCGCGCGCUUCUAGCCAAUCCGUCCAUGGCCGCCACCGCGCACAUUCGACUUCACGGCGAUCGCCAAGUCCAAUGUCGCGGUCCAAGGUCAAGGACAAGCUAGCCAUGGAGGCGUACGGCCGCGGGGAGCGGGGCGCACCAGAGAAAGAGAAACGGAGAGUCAGGAUCUACGAUGCUACCGAGGACGCUCUUGCGCUCGUGGAUGCCAUGGCUGCGCGCACCCCAGACGUGGACACGAUAAUCGAAAUCUUGCCAGCAUUGUCGCAUGACCAGAUGCUCGAACUAAGAACAGAAUACAAGCGGCACUGCAAGGUCCAGGGCCGCGGCAUUAACAUUGCCAAACACAUCAAGCUGAAAACGUCUGGCAAUUUUGGAAAGAUCGCCUAUGUAACAGCACUCGGCAAGUACGAGGGCGAAGGAUAUUGGGCGAAUUACUGGUACCAAUCCAAUUCGGCCCGUCGCGAGCUUCUAAUCGAGGCCCUCAUGGGCCGUCAGAACCACGAGAUUCGCGAGAUCAAAGAAGCUUUCAGAGACAAACGCUACGGCGACUCCCUCACCCGCUGCAUGGAUAAGGAGCUCAAGGCUGACAAGUUUCGGAAAGCUGUUUUGAUGGCUCUGGAAGGUGAGCGCCAGGAGGAAAGUGACAUGUGGCCUAUGGAGUACAGAAAUCGAGACGUCGACACUCUGUACAAGGCGAUGAAAGCAAGGGAGGGUGGCGAAAGCACCAUGCUGGGCGUCGUUAUCAUGCGAAGCGACGUUCACCUGAGAGAAGUCUUGAAGACAUAUGAGAGGAAAUACCAAGGCAACUUUGCUCGGGAUGCCCUGAGGAAGAGCAACAACCUUGUGGGCGAAGUCAUCGCACAUAUUCUGAAUGGCGUCAUCAAUCGCCCUGCGAGAGACGCUAUGCUCUUACAUCACGCGCUUAUGGAUCUCAUCGAACCAACCCUGGAUGGUCCACGCUCUUCUUCCGCGCGGGUAUCGUCGCGAGAAGCAGCAGCAUCCAGCAAGCAUGAACGUCAACAAAGAUUCGAAUUGCUCAUCUCCCGACUGGUACGACUGCAUUGGGAUCGUCUUCAUCUCAUCCGGGUCAAGACUGAGUACGAGGAGAAAUACGGGCGUGUCGUGGAAGAAGACAUAGAAGAGGCUACAAAAGGUGACUUCAGAGAAUUUUGCAUUGCUCUUUGUCAAGCCAGUAGUUGA